AUGGAUUCUGGCAUGGAAGAGACACCAGUUAAAGUUGCAGUUCGAGUCAGACCUCUGCUUUUCAAAGAAGUGCUUCAUAACCACCAAACGUGUGUAAGACUAGUCCCAAACACCCAACAGAUUAUCAUUGGUAAAGACCGUGUCUUCACUUUUGAUUUCGUGUUUGGCAAAAACUCAACCCAAGAAGAAGUUUAUGCUGUUUGUAUUAAGCCUCUUCUAAUGUCUUUGACUAAUGGAUACAAUGCUACAGUGUUUGCUUAUGGACAAACGGGUUCUGGCAAGACUUACACCAUUGGAGGUGGCCACAUUGCAUCAGUUGCAGAGGAUGAAAAGGGCAUCAUCCCACGGGCUAUUGAGGAAUUAUUUCAUCAUAUUUCUGAAAACUGUAACAGUGACUUCCAUGUGAAGGUAUCUUAUAUAGAGGUUUACAAAGAAGAACUUCGAGAUUUAUUGGAGUUGGAGACCUCUGCAAAAGAAUUACAUAUCCGAGAGGAUGAAAAGGGAAAUACAGUGAUUAUUGGUGCUAAGGAAUUCCCUGUAGAAUGUGCAGAUGAAGUGAUAAGCCUGCUGAAAAGUGGCAGUGCAGCUCGUCACACAGGCACAACACAGAUGAAUGAGCACUCUAGUCGAUCUCAUGCCAUUUUUACAAUCAGUAUUUGUCAGAAGCAAUCUGCAGAGUCUCAGAAAAAUACCGAUGUUGGGCAGGAUUCAUCUGGGAAAUCAGUCCAGAAGAUUGCUUCAAAGUUUCAUUUUGUGGAUUUGGCAGGAUCAGAGAGGGUGACAAAGACUGGAAAUACUGGUGAACGCUUCAAAGAAUCAGUUCAGAUCAACAGUGGUCUGUUAGCCUUGGGAAAUGUCAUCAGUGCCCUUGGAGAUCCUAAAAGGAAAAACGUACACAUUCCGUACAGGGAUGCUAAAAUCACUCGUAUUCUGAAAGACUCCCUUGGAGGAAAUGCCAAGACGGUGAUGAUAACGUGUAUAAGCCCAUCCUCAUCAGACUUCGACGAAUCUUUAAAUUCCCUCAAAUAUGCCAACAGAGCCAAAAACAUUAGAAAUAAACCAGUUGUAAAUUACAACCCUGAUCAAGAACGGAUUGACGAAAUGGAACUUGAAAUCAAAUUGCUUCGAGAAGCUUUGCAGAACCAAAAAGUUGGUAAUCAGGGUUCACAUGACUUAAAUCAAGAACAAACUCAUAUCACUUCUCUUGAGGAACAGCUUACCCGGCUUCAAAUUCAAUGUUUCAGUUACAGAAAUUGUGUAGAUGAAGCCUUCCCAUUGCUGCUUGAUUUGAAUGGUGUGGCUAACUUAGAAAGAAAUCAACGGGACAGGCUGCAGAAGUGGAUCACUAUGGUACAGAAAGUAAGGAAGGAAGCUCUCAGCAUACAGGAAACUGACACAGGGACUGGGACUAGCCAAGAGCCACUUCACAUCACAAUUCUUCAGCUAAAGAAGGAACUAAAGAAAAGCCAGCAGGCUCUAGUUAUGGAUGAAGAGGUAUUUAGCCAGAAGGACCGUGAACUACGGAUACUGCAGAAUCAGAUAAAGACGUUGCUGCAGAAAAAUGAAGAACAACUAGAAUCUUUAAAGGAGGCUCAAGAAACACACAGAUUACAGAAUGAGAAAAUGGUGGAACAGCAAAUGAUUAUUGAUCAGCUCAAAGAAAAACUAGAGAAGUUCACAGAUGUGAAAACUUUGGGCUUCUCAAGCACUUGUGCAGAUGGGCCAGCUGUUGUGGCAUCUGCAAGAAGGCCAUACAGUGUUCCACUCACAAAGAGCCUGCUGCACUCCCUUCACCCACCUUCAGGGACAGAGACCCGAAAGGUGUACACCAGCCCCCCUGCCUUUUCCCUGGCCCGAGUAAUGGCAGAAUUCCAUGCUCGCAGACAGACAGUGCUGAGCAACAUAGAAGAUCAAGAUAAGGUCCUUCACUGCCACCUCUCUGAUCACAGUGAUGAAGAGAAAGAAAAUACAGGCAGCAAAAAGAAAACCUCAUUUAAGCAUUCCACAAAUGGAACAUGGAAACGAAAACAGGCUUCUCUAUGCUUUCUUCCUGAUCUAUGUGACAUGCAGUGUCAAGUAGAGAAGUCUGGUUUAUUCAAAGAGUCUGUGCUACAGACUGACACAACCCCAGGUGAAGAGAUUGGCAGCCUCCAGAAAAGCCAUGUUUUUAACAUGCAGAAGUUAAAGAAUUCAGAGUUGAGACUCACUGGAGCCAAGCAAAAUAUGAGAGAACUUGAACUUAAUAUCAAAAUGAAAGAGGAACUUAUUAAGGAAUUAGUAAGAACAGUGCUACUGAUCUCUUCAUGGACAUGUAUUUGUCACAUGGUGUAUGGGAUGAAGACACAUCACUGUGCUGGGAAUAUAAGCAUUCCCAGAACUACAGUAGAGAAGCAGAAGUCAGAAGUGGAUGGGAAAAAAGGUAAGGAUGCUCAAUUUGUCAGCAGGCAGUAUUCUUUGAAGAUAACUGAACUGGAACAAGAAAUUGAACAGGCCAAAAUGGAACUGACUGAAACACAAAAGCAGCUUCAGGAACUGGAGAGUAAGGAUUUGAGAGACAUUCCUGAGAAAGCCAAGUUACAAAGAGAGUUCAGGAAGAAGAUGGAUGCAGCUAAGUUGAAAGUGCAGGCCUUACAGAAGCAGCAUGAGGAUGCUAAGAAUCUGGCUUUAUUAUCUAACCAAAGCAAGAGACGAGCAACAGAACUUGAACAGAACGUGGCUCAGAUGAAGCAUCAGCUGACCCAGCUACGGAAGAGACUGUGUGAGGAAAGUGAAAAAAAUAAGCAACUAGAAGCAGAGAUUCAGCAGGACCAGCAACAAAUUAAAGAACUUGAGAUGGAGCAACAACAGAAGAUCCUUAAGGAUGAAGAGAUUGCUGCAUUUAAAAAGAAAAAUAAUUCAAUGGGAACUUCACAGAAGCUACAGAAAUUAGAAGAGCAAAAGAAAUGGCUGGAUGAAGAAAUGGAAAGAACUCUCCAACAGCACCAACAAUUAGCAGAACUAGAAGAAGAUUUAAAGAAAAGAGAAGCCAUUGUAGCCAAAAAAGAAGCAUUAUUGCAAGAGAAAAACCACCUGGAAAUCAAGAAACUGCGAUCUAGUCAGGCUUUAAACAAAAAUAGUAUGAAUUUGUCAACUCGCUUAACUCUGCUGGAUCAGGAACUAUGUGAUAAAGGUAUGCAGCUUCAGGGUAGCACCACUGAAGACAAGACAGACAUUUUGGAAAAAAUUCAAGCUCUCCAAACAGAAAGGGAUCAGCUGCUCAGAAGAAGAAAUAGUGUGGAUGAGAAACUGAAAGAUGGUAAAGUACUGUCAGCUGAAGAAGAACAUGUCCUUUUCCAGCUGGAAGAAGGAAUUGAGGCCCUGGAGGCUGCUAUUGAUUACAAGAAUGAAAGUAUUCAGAACCGCCAGCAUUUGCUUAGGUCAUCAUCUCAGAUUGUUUCACAGAGUGAGAAUAACAUAAUUGGAAAACUCGUUUCCCUGUCUGCUGCUGAGCUCAGAGCUAUCCUUUUCAAAUAUUUCAACAAGAUUGUUGGCCUACGUGAGUCUGAACGUAGAUUACAACUGCAAAUUGAAGAACAGGAAAUGAAGGUCAUAGACCAGGAAAUCAUGAUACUUGAAUUAGAAUCUGCACUUGAACACAUCAAAUGGCAGUAUGACAGGCAGCUAACCCUACAACAAAAAGAACAUGAGAAAAAAAUACAGUUAAUACUGCAUCAUUUCAAAGAACAAGAUACUGAAGAUACUGCAGAAACCUUGAAAGGGUAUGAAGUAAAAGUGCAGCAACUGGAAAAAGAGUUAUUUUUCUAUAAGAAAACCAACAGAGAUAUGAAGAAGAAAUUGAAAGGCCUCUCUGGAGAGUCAUCCCAUCAAUUACUGGCAUCCACUAAAUGUAACAGUGCUGGUGAGAGGACAGCUUCAUCUAGGCAAGAUGAAGCAGAAGUUGCUUCUGAAGAAUUAAAAUUGACACUUAACCCUGAAACCUAUAGUCAACCAAGAAAAAUAAAUGAAACAGAGAGAAAAAGUAUUUUAAGAGCACAACAGAAUCCGUAUAGCCUUGGAGAAGUUGUUUCAGGAUUUGGGGGCAACAAAGAGUGUUUGUCAAGCUCUAGUGAUGACAUAACAGGAACGGAUGCUCAGCCUUCAAAAUCUCAUCAUCAGUUACCUUCUGUUAUCCAGAGAAGAGAGACCAUGAUACAGUUUGAAGAAGUAACUCCAAUAAAACUAUCUCGACGAGAGCUACGUUAUAUUCCUCCCUCUGAAUUAUCUUUGAGACGAUCAAGCCUUGGAGUUGGUGCCAGUUUUGUUGCUCCAGAUUCCAUUGAAAUGGACAAAAAAUCUCAUGUCAGUGAGACAUAG